CGGGAAGUGAUGUUGCCUUGACGGAAAAGGCACGCUUGCAGCCCAAAACCGGGUAGGUGCGGAGGGAGGGCCGCGGCGCUGCGGCAGCCCCAGUGCCGUGGGAAGCGAGCAGAUGAGAAAUGGCUCUUUUUGCAUGACAAUGGUAUUCAAGACAUCUGAACUGUGUCAGGGAACUGGUCACUGAAGUGCCCUUGGAAAACUACAGAUCCAUUUGCAGCUGUUAAGUAUAGUCUGCUCUGGAGUUUAUUCACAUGGUGUGUCUGCUUCACUGCUACAACCUGAAAGCAACUUCUGAUGAGAGUUCAAAGAGGUGUCUUCUGAAUUCUCACUAUGUCUGAUGGAGACUAUGAUUACCUCAUAAAAUUUUUAGCACUCGGUGAUUCUGGAGUAGGAAAGACCAGCCUUCUUUACCAAUAUACGGAUGGCAAAUUUAAUUCCAAAUUUAUCACAACGGUCGGCAUUGACUUUCGGGAAAAGAGAGUGGUGUACAGACCCAAUGGGCCAGAUGGCAUUGGUGGCAGAGGACAGAGGAUACACCUUCAGCUCUGGGAUACUGCUGGGCAAGAAAGGUUUCGUAGCUUGACAACAGCUUUCUUCAGAGAUGCCAUGGGGUUUCUUCUACUCUUUGAUCUGACAAAUGAGCAAAGCUUUCUGAAUGUCAGGAACUGGAUAAGUCAGCUGCAAAUGCAUGCAUAUUGUGAAAACCCUGACAUUGUAUUAUGUGGAAACAAGAGUGAUCUGGAAGACCAAAGAAUGGUGAAAGAAGAAGAGGCUAAGGAACUUGCAGAAAAAUAUGGAAUACCGUAUUUUGAAACCAGUGCAGCUAAUGGGAAUAAUGUAAGCAAAGCCAUUGAAACUCUGCUCGACCUCAUUAUGAAGCGCAUGGAACGGUGUGUGGAUAAAUCCUGGAUCCCAGAAGGGGUAGUGCGCUCCAAUGGGCACAGCUCUACAGAACAACUGAAUGAGGAGCAAGAAAAAGGCAAAUGUGGCUGUUAACUCAGUUACAACUAAGUUUCAUGUAUAUGAUAUAGUACAGUUGUGGCUUAACUGUUUAACUUAUGGGCAAAUAACAUCGUGUAGUUAUUUAAUGAGCUAUAUUAAUUUUCAGGUUUUUCCUCAAACAACAUUGACCUUUGCUUGCAAGGUAUGCAGUUUAUUAAUAAUGGGACAGAGGUUUAGUUUGGUGUAGGACUGGGUAUUUCUCUAACUUUCUACUUUGGAGGGAAGAGGAGAGGAAUUUUCAUUACCAAAUUUAGAAACAUCUCUCUGUGGGCAGUGAGAAAGGUUAUGCUUCUGAAUUGAAGGAUUUUCAGUUGCCCUUUGAAGGCUCUAUUAACUGCACGGAUGAGGCAUUUAGGUUAUGUGCCGUGACAGCUCUCUUAGUCUCUACUAACAGCAAGCUUACCAACAUGGUUCUUGGUUUUGAACAGAAUCACUUAAUCUUUUCAUCAAUCAAUAACAUUCUUAAAGAGCAAGUCCUGUGUUUUCCAGAAAAGCCUGCGAGUAGCUUUUCCUUGCUCCUUCAAACCAUCAGUUUUUAGUGAUGAAAACCAAAAGGAAGCUAUUCUAUAUAGAAUAAAAAACUACAGAGAAGCACAGGAGUUCAUACAUAGAGCACUUUGGAUAUGUCAUGAAAUUGAAUAUGUAAACUACAACUGUACUAUAUAAAAUACAUACAACACAGCCUAUGAGACCUCCUGACAUCAUUUGAAUUUCUAGAACAUGAAUAUACAUACAUUUAUCAGUAAAUGGCAUAACUGUACAUCUGUUAUAUUUCUUUUAUGUUACCACUCAUGUUUUAAUAGGAAUGUAGGGCAUACCUAGAUGUGAGCAAAAUUUCAUCAGAGCUAGUGCUUUGCACUGAACUUGUUUUAGCAAACACCGAUUUGGAAUAUUUUUUCAAAUUUGGAUUGAAAAAUGAAUGAUGAUUGUUUUCUGGUGAGAUGCAGCUAAGAUACCAGUUCUGUCUAGAUCAGUACUUCUAUAAAUCUAUAAUGUCUAUUUUAUUCUGCCAACCUUUGUGUCCUGUAUGUCUUGGUUAUCAUAUAUUCAUUUAUGGCUUGUUAAUUUCGUUAGGUUGUUUUUAAAAAAGAAUUGCUACUUCUUUUUUUCCCCCUAGGGAUCACAGAAAUGUCAGUUUUGGUUUCCAUGGAUCAUGUUACUCUUUGAUCAUUUUUAUUUAUUGAUAGAACCUAAGGAACAAUCAGUAUUUUUUGGGUCAUUUUCCAGACUGAUUUAUAAGAUGUGCCUCCUAAACUCUUUUCUACCCUGGCAGAGGUUGUAUAACUGUAAAGUAUUGCCAAUUAAAGUCUUAACAUGCCAAAUCUUGUUACAGACUUUCAACAGCAGUUUGUUUACAAAACUCCAAAGCUAUUAUUUCUUUAAAAUUUUGUAUUUAUUUAAUUAAAUAUGCUAACUACUGCAAUUUCAGGCAAGCAUUGAUACCAGUUGUGAACGUGAACUGCAGCAUGACAUUUUCUGAAGGACCAAAAAUGUUUCUAGAAUAGGAGCUAAUAAAAAAAAAUUAUAUACUUGAUGUAGCUUCUGAUUAUAGUAAUAAUACAAGAAUAAGUGUUAAAACUUGGUUCUUAAAAUAUUUUACAAAGUAAUGCAUUGUUCCUUAACAAACACAAUAUGUAAAUAUUAGAUUUUUAUCACAGCCUACACACAAUAUUUUAAAAGUGCAAUAUAAUUUGACUGCUCUGGGGCUAGGACAGAGAUGAAAGCAAUUUAUAUUGAAUAAAUAGAGGGUUUUUUUCCUGCUAUACAAUACCAAGAUUCUAAAAUGCUUGUGGACCAGAGUUACUGUAGUUUAACUCAGAGUGCCUUUUGAAGUUACCAUCAUGUUUCUGACCAGUGGAGUAUCAAACUCUACUGUAGGACACAGUACAUUUCAGUGUACUUCAGUGUCCAAAUUUCUUUUAAUGUAACUCUUUGCUUUUCAGAGGGUUACAGUGGAACUUUGUCAUGUAUUAACUUUAAUGGGAGUUUUUGUGCUUAUAGCUCCAUCUAGUUCCUGAAAAUAUUGAUUAUUGCAACCAACUACUGAGCUAAGUGACUGCUGAAAUGGUGUAAAAAUACUGUAUUUUGAAUACUUAUGUUUAGAUUGGAUAUUGGAUAUUAAAUACGAAAACUGUCAUAUUUUUUCAUGCAUAUUACAUGUAACUAUUUAGUGUAUAAAGACAGAUAGCCUUUGAAAUGUGCCAUAAGAUUUAUUUGUUUGAAUUAUUCUGUGACAAAACUUUUGUUCCUUUUUUAACUCUUAUGAGAAAUCACGAUAAAUGUUCCUUGACAGUGAAUUACACUAUUCUUGCUAUUCUAGUACUGUUUUAAAAAAAAACCCAAACAAAUAAAUGGAGAAUUCUCAUGUGAUGAGAAACUGUUAUUUCAAGAGAAGUUGUUUCCAUACAGUGUCAGGUGAAAAUGUUGAUCUGUAAUGGAACAAAGUUCUGGAAAGGAUUUCCAUUAUGAUGCUUCGUCCCAGGAUUUAUUUUUAAUAUAAAAUAAUGAAACAUUCCUGAUCUGAACCUUGUCAGCAUUUGUUGAACUGAACUGUAACAUUUCCUGUUGUCUCAGUAUAAUAUCAGUCUGUAUUCUUCUGCA